UUUAUGCAACAUACUUCUUCAUAUGCAACAUACACUUCACUUCGAGUACUUAAUGAUAUUGCAAAUCAAUCAUAAAAAUAGACAGACUGCACUUUCGUUAAUCUACAUCAUUUAUCUGUUGAAUUAUUCACAUACUCAUUAAUCGAUUAAGUCAUUAGAUAAGUAGGAUUGUAUUCACAGUAUUGACCGUAAAUUUCUCCUUUUUCAGUGCAAUCCACUUAUUCUGAUAGUUUUUCCCAUUCGGAAUAUUGCGACCAAAUUAUUCGCGGGAAAAAUGUUUCUGUUAAAAAUACAGAUUUUUAUUUUCUAUGUUUUCGGAUUCGUUCCAUUUACUUACAAAACGAACAAUAAUGCGGUAGAUAAAAAAAAAUUUGAGUCCGAUGCAAUAACAUUCGUUCCCACUGAAGUUCAUACAUUUUAUAAUUUAAUUUUGAUAAUAGCAAUUAUUGUUGUUAACUCUAUUUACAUUCCCGCGACCAUUCAAGAUUACUAUUCAAAAGAUGAUAUGGAUUUGUCAGCAACGUUAAGCUUAGCGAUAAGUUUGAGUGGCAAUAGCGUGUUAAUUAUUUUGUUGUUAUCAUUCAUUGUGCAACGACAAAAAAUAAUAAAACUGGUGAACCAACUUUUGGAUAUCGAUGUCGCAAUGAAAAAAUUACAUCAUAUUUAUAAGCCAGACUUUGAAAAAAUUGAACUAUUGUUUAUAUGCUACGUCAAUACAAUCCCGUGUGUUAUAAUUAUGAUACUUUCCUUGUACAUUGAUGCUAAAUUUAUCAGCACUAUGUGUUUGUUCACAUUCCAUACCUUUGCUUUCAAUUAUUUAAUAAUACAGUACGCAAUACUUCUGACGAUUAUUGAGAAAAAAUUGAAAUGUUGCAAUGACGGAUUUUUGAAAUUGAAAAAGUCGAUAGAACUACAGUUUCGGGUGUACAAUACUCAGAAAAAUACACUGGAUAAAACGAGUAUUAUCGAAAUAUUUGCACUGAAACGUUGUCAUACAAUUUUGUGUAGGCUAUGUUCUGAUAUCGCUGAUUUUUAUUCCUUUGGUUUUCUGUACAUUAUUCCGUACUCAAUCGUCUGCGUUAUCUUAAAUAUAUAUGACUUGUUGAUACCUUUCUUGGACAUAUAUUCAACUGAAAAUAUCACUACUCGACGUAUUGGUAAUAUUGCUUGGAUUAUGUCAAGACUGUUUCCUAUAUUAACUACUGCAGUGUGCGCUACGAAAGUUAGUAAACAGAUAAAAAGAACGAGCAGCGUUAUUCAGGAAAUUUUGUUCGAAUGUUUCAUGAGUCCAGAAGUCAAAAAUGAAUUGAAAAUUUUUUCACUCGAGUUGUUACAUAAAAAUUUCCAAUUCACUGCAUACAAUGUAAUACCAGUUGAUUGUACUAUACUACGCACGGUCUUCGGUGCGAUAGCCACCUAUUUAAUAAUAUUCAUUCAAUUUCAAGUUGAUGACAUGGAUUAAACACGGACUAAAUUUUUUUGAAAACUUAACCAUCUUUUGGACCACUUCUCAGGAAAGAAUAAACCCAUGCUGUCA